UUUCUUGUUGUGAUGCGCUGAAGUGAGCGGUGUCUCCUCAGCUCUGGACAAGAUUCCGGGAUUUAUCUUCUCUGUUGGCGUUAAUUGAACUUUUUCCACAUUUAGUUGUGACUCUAAACUGUUAAUAAAUAAAACUAGUCAUGGCUCAGUACAAAGGAGCCGCCAGCGAGGCCGGCAGGGCGAUGCAGCUGAUGAAGAAGCGAGAGAAGGAGCGAGAGCAGCUGGAGCAGCUGAAGCAGAAGAUAGCGGAGGACAACAUGGUGAAGUCCAACAUCGACAAGAAGUUCUCGGCUCACUACGACGCCGUGGAGGCCGAGCUGAAGUCCAGCACCGUGGGUCUGGUGACGCUGAACGACAUGAAGGCCAAGCAGGAGGCUCUGGUGAAGGAGAGGGAGAAGCAGCUGGCCAAGAAGGAGCAGUCCAAGGAGCUCCAGCUGAAGCUCGAGAAGCAGAAAGAGAAGAAGAGGAAGGAGGAGCAGAAGAGGAAAAUAGCCAGCUUAUCGUUCAACCCCGAAGACGAGGAGGAGGAGGAAGAGGAUGAAGAGGAAGAGCCGGAUUAUGAACCAGUAAAGAAGAAAAAACUUGGGAAGAAUCCAGACGUGGACACGAGUUUCCUUCCCGAUCGAGACAGAGAGGAGGAAGAGAAUCGCCUCAGAGAGGAGCUUCGGCAGGAGUGGGAGCUCAAACAGGAGAAGAUCAAGAGCGAGGAGAUCGAGAUCACGUUCAGUUACUGGGACGGCUCUGGACAUCGUAAAACCGUCAAGAUGAAGAAGGGCAACACCAUCCAGAACUUCCUGCAGAGAGCUCUGGAAGUCCUCAGGAAGGACUUCAGCGAGCUCAGGUCUGCUGGAGUAGAGCAGCUGAUGUACAUCAAAGAGGAUCUGAUCAUCCCACACCACCACAGUUUUUACGACUUCAUCGUAACCAAAGCCAGAGGCAAAUCUGGGCCUCUGUUCAGCUUUGACGUCCACGACGACAUCCGACUGGUGAACGACGCCACGGUGGAGAAAGACGAGUCUCACGCAGGUAAAGUGGUGCUGAGGAGCUGGUACGAGAAGAACAAGCACAUCUUCCCCGCCAGUCGCUGGGAGCCCUACGACCCCGAGAAGAAAUGGGACAAAUACACGAUCCGAUGAAGCCGCCGCCAGUCCGCGGAACCCUCGACGCAAACGUUUCAGGUUCCAUCUGAUCUUACUUUGUUGUUACCACGUUUCAUCGUAGCUUUUUCAAGAUUUGAAAGAACGACUGCGGCGAUGAUUUUACUUUGUGUUACCGAACCUGUUGUCCAUGUGUAAAUAGCCCCAUAAAUCACAAACAUGUUGGAGCAUCUGUGCCGAAUAAAAGGAGCCUGACUGUGACUCACUGA